AUGGCUUUCAACUUCAACUGGUCGCCGCUCACGGCCGACGCGAGCUUUUACAAGCGCGCAACGGACCUGCUGACGGCCGCCCUGAACAAGUCGCCCAAGCCGCCCAUCAUCGUCGAUGAUAUCAUCGUCAAUGAGCUCAACUUGGGUUCGGUUCCUCCCGAGCUCGAGAUCCUCGAGAUUGGCGACCUGGCCGAGGACAGGUUCCGGGGCAUCUUCAAGAUGUGCUAUUCCGGCGAUGCGUUCCUGACGCUGAAGACCAAGGUCCAAGCGAAUCCCAUGAACACAUAUCUCUACUCCAAGCCGUCAUUUACGUCUCCACAGCCGCUCGCUGCGGCUUCGGGCAUGACUAUUCCCCUCCAGAUUACCUUGUCGGAAAUCAAGCUGUCGGCGUUCAUUAUCGUCGUUUUCUCCAAGCAAAAGGGCCUCACCCUGGUCUUCCGGAAUGACCCACUCGAGUCGCUCAAGGUCUCGUCGACCUUUGACUCCAUACAGUUCGUUAGGGACUACCUGCAAAGAACGAUUGAGGGCAAGCUCAGGGAUCUCAUGAUGGACGAGCUGCCCGCCAUUAUCCACCGCCUUUCUCUGCAGCUCUGGUGUCCCGAUCAGCUCUCCAAGAACGACACCGAUAUCUUGAGGGAGGCCGACGAUGAGGCUGCUAUCGACCCCCUCGCAGGCGGCGCCACCACCCCGGCCGUCGAUAUUCAUGGCCAUGUCCUCGACACUAGCGACGUCUCGGCCCUCUCCGUCGAGACCGCCGAAUUCCACUCCCUCUUCUCCCAGAAGAACCUCCUGCGCCUAGCAGCAUUGACCAACUCGCACAGGACAUUGUCCCUGUUCACCCCCGGCAUUCGUGAGAUUGUCUUCCGAGCUUGGGCCAACCCCUUGGACAGGUCCGAGACAUCACAUAGCUCGCCAUUUGCCACCCCGAGCCUUGUCAGGUCUCACUCCUACCACGGGAGUGCGACCACGUACACCUUCUCCGACACGGCCAGCCAGGACCAAGGACACCUCCCGUCCCGGCCGUCACUCGUCAGUCUCGGCUCUGCUACCACAGGUCUCUCUCUUGGUGCUGGUAGACACGCAAAGACCGGCAGGAAGAAGAAGACCCGUGUCGUCAACCUCCGCCGCAACAAGACCCAGAGCGAGACCACAAGCGAGGCCGGGGAGACCAGUUCGGAUACCAUGUCCGUCCAGGGACCGCAGUCUGAGCCUGUUAUUCCGGCUUCCAUCCCCGAAGAGACAGAGGCCGAAACCUUGGUCGGUAGCUCCUCUACCCAGUCCAAAGUCCGUUUCACGGAAGGCUCGAACAAGUCUCAACUGCCUGCUCGUCCAUCUCUGCAUCCGGAGCUGUACACCGCUCCUGAGCCCCAGUACAAGGCUGCCGAAGCUGCCGACUCCAAGGCCAGUGCUAAGCAGCCCUCGAGGAGGGAGGCUCCUGCUCAGACCAAGCGCUCAGAAAAGCAGGCUACCAUGUCUGCUGACAUCAAGACUACCGCCCAGGAGGACGGCGCCCAGUCCGAAUCAUCAGCAGUGAUGCUGGAUCAGGCCUGGAUCAUGAAGAUGGCUGGUGAGAUUGCCCGCCGCGUGUACGACGAGAAGCGCCGUAAUCCCGCUCUGUGGGACGAGAGAGACGAGGCGCCUCCAGCAUACGAAGCACGUUAA